AUGCGUUUUCCAUUCUUGGUUGCGCUGAGCGCCCUUAUUGCAACGUCUGCUGCGCAGUCGGGCUCUACAUUCACUCCAGCGCGCCCACCAUCGUUGCCCCUUGCUGUCAAAAACCCUUACCUCAACAUCUGGCUUCCUGCCGGUAGCAGUGGAGGUAAUGGAGGAUAUCUGCCCGGGCAAUGGCCGUCUUUCUACACGGGGCAAUGGCUAGGAUGGACUGGUCUAGUUCGUGUGGAUGGCAAGACACUCGUCUGGAUGGGAGCACCGAAGGGCCUUCCGACCGCCAACCAAACUUCGUUUGAAUACACUUCGACCAGGAGCAUCUUCACAAUCGCAGCGGACGGCAAGGUUCAAGUAAAGGUUACCUUCCUGUCGCCGCUCACUCCAAAUGACUUGAAGCGCCAAUCGUUGAUCUUCUCGUAUAUGAAUGUUGAAGUCUCGUCUUUGGAUGGCUCAGACCACGAUGUUCAAGUCUAUACCGACAUUAGUGCCGAGUGGGCGUCUGGCGAUGUCGCAGCCAAGGUAGAAUGGGCCUUUGGCACCAGUCUUGAUGGCAUCUACUACCACAAAGUCUGGAAGCAGAAACAACAAGCCUUCACCGAAUUCAAUGACCGAGCACAAUGGGGCAACAUUUACUACGCUACCGACGCAGUUGAUGGCCUUACAUACAAGUCUGGAAUGGACGGUGACGUCCGUGGGGCUUUCAACAAAACCGGGAAGCUUGACAACGCCAAAGAUGCCUCGUUCCGCGCCAUCAACGAUAAAUGGCCUGUCUUUGGCUAUGCAAUGGAUCUCGGCUCUGUGGGCACCAAGGCGAAAUCAAAUCUGUUCACGAUCGGUCUGUGUCAAGACGAUGCAGCUCAGUUCCUCGGUGCUAAUGGCUUGACGACACUACCUUCACUUUGGAAUAGCUACUUCAACGACGACGUUGCAGCCCUGUCCUUCUUCCAUAAAGACUACUCCGGAUAUGGUAAGCUCUCGACUGAGCUGGACGACAAAAUCUCUAAAGAUUCCAAGACGGUUGCAGGUGAUGACUACGCCAUCCUCACGACCCUAGCUGCGCGCCAAGCCUUUGGAGCGACGCAACUAGUCGGUACUGGAGACAAGCAUUACCUCUUCUUUAAGGAGAUUUCUUCAAACGGUAACACUCAAACCAUCGAUGUCAUCUAUCCAGCCUCGCCAAUCUUCUUUUACACCAACCCCGAGUUGAUCAAAUUGCUCCUGGAUCCCCACUUUGAGAACCAAGAAAGCGGACAUUAUCCAAACAAAUAUGCGAGCCACGACCUUGGGACGCACUAUCCCAACGCGACUGGCCAUACAGAUGGGAAAGAUGAGGCGAUGCCCCUAGAAGAGUGUGGUAACCACAUGGUCAUGGUUCUCUCUUACGUCCAGCGCUCCGGUAACACGGAUUACAUCAAGGAUCACUAUUCCAUCCUCAAGCAAUGGGCCGAAUACCUUGUGCAGGAUAGUCUCUUGCCGGCUGAGCAAUUGUCGACUGAUGACUUUGCCGGGCAUCUCGUCAACCAAACGAAUCUUGCAUUGAAGGGCAUCAUUGGUAUCGAAGCCAUGUCGCAAAUGUCCAAGAUCAUUGGCGAAACCGCCGACGCAGACAACUACACGACCAUCGCCCACGACUACAUCACUAAGUGGGAAGCACUAGGCAUCAACAAGGGGGCGGAUCCGCAACAUUCCGUUCUCACCUACAACAACGACAGCACACACGGGCUCCUGUACAACCUUUACAACGACAGGCUUCUUGACCUAAAGCUCGUUUCACAGGAAGUCUACGACAUUCAGUCCAACUUCUACCCCACUAUCAAACAGAACUACGGCGUCCCGCUCGAUACGCGAAACGGGUACACCAAGGCUGACUGGGAAAUCUUCUCUGCUGCAGUAGCGAGCAUUGAAACGCGCGACAUGUUCAUCUCCAGCCUUGCGAAAUGGGUCAAUGAGACUCCGACAAGCAAGCCCUUUACCGAUUUGUACAAGACGGAUGACGGUGCUUUUCCGCCUAACAUUGAGUUCAAAGCUAGGCCGGUUGUGGGCGGCAUGUUCGCGCUUUUACUUCUGGAUCAGGAAGGAUAUACUGCGCCACCAAAGUUAUUGUGA